AGUCCCGCCCCUGCGGAGAUCGGCGCUGGGACGAAACCCGGGUUCCUCUCAAACCCGGAAUGUGAGGCUUCGGCCUGGCAUUUGCUGCUCACUCUCUCAUCUUCACUCGGGCCUACGUCUGCUGUCGCUGUCCCCAGCUCGUCCCCGGAGCAGCCGGGGCGGCAGUGUCCUUCUACUGUGUGCCCGCGUGGCUGCCGCCGCCCCUCCGAAUCCUCCGGGGUCGCAGAGGAGUUCGCUACGGAGGGAGGCGGGGGCCUUCGGGAGGAGGAGGCGGAGGAGGCGGAGGAGGAGGGAAGGAAGAUGGCGGCGGUGGAACUAGAGUGGAUCCCAGAGACUCUCUAUAACACCGCCAUCUCCGCCGUCGUGGACAACUACAUCCGCUCCCGCCGAGACAUCCGUUCCUUGCCCGAGAAUAUCCAGUUCGAUGUUUACUACAAGCUUUACCAACAGGGACGCUUAUGUCAACUGGGCAGUGAAUUUUGUGAAUUGGAAGUUUUUGCUAAAGUAUUAAGAGCUUUGGAUAAAAGACAUUUGCUUCAUCAUUGUUUUCAGGCUUUGAUGGAUCAUGGUGUCAAAGUUGCUUCAGUUUUGGCCUACUCAUUCAGUAGACGGUGCUCUUAUAUAGCAGAAUCAGAUGCUGCAGUAAAGGAAAAAGCCAUUCAGGUUGGCUUUGUUUUAGGUGGCUUUCUUUCAGAUGCAGGCUGGUACAGCGAUGCUGAAAAAGUUUUUCUGUCCUGCCUUCAGUUGUGUACUCUACAUGAUGAGAUGCUUCAUUGGUUUCGUGCAGUAGAAUGCUGUGUUAGGUUGCUUCAUGUGCGAAAUGGAAACUGCAAGUAUCAUUUGGGUGAAGAAACAUUUAAGUUAGCGCAGACAUAUAUGGAUAAACUAUCAAAACAUGGCCAGCAAGCAAACAAAGCUGCACUCUAUGGAGAACUGUGUGCACUCCUCUUUGCAAAAAGUCACUAUGAUGAGGCAUACAAAUGGUGCAUUGAAGCGAUGAAAGAAAUCACAGCAGGCUUACCAGUCAAAGUUGUGGUGGAUGUUUUAAGACAAGCUUCUAAGGCUUGUGUAGUAAAACGUGAAUUUAAGAAGGCAGAACAGUUAAUUAAACAUGCAGUGUAUUUGGCACGGGAUCAUUUUGGAUCCAAACACCCAAAAUAUUCUGAUACACUGCUAGAUUAUGGGUUCUACUUACUCAAUGUAGAUAAUAUCUGUCAGUCUGUUGCAAUUUAUCAGGCUGCCCUUGACAUUCGACAGUCGGUGUUUGGUGGCAAAAAUAUCCAUGUAGCAACAGCUCAUGAAGACUUGGCUUAUUCAUCUUAUGUUCACCAGUAUAGCUCUGGAAAAUUUGACAAUGCACUAUUUCAUGCAGAAAGAGCUAUCGGUAUCAUUACCCACAUCUUACCUGAAGAUCAUCUUCUUUUGGCUUCUUCAAAGAGGGUGAAAGCACUUAUUUUAGAGGAGAUUGCAAUUGACUGUCAUAAUAAAGAAACUGAACAGAGGUUGCUUCAAGAAGCUCAUGAUUUGCACCUGUCUUCACUCCAACUAGCUAAAAAGGCUUUUGGGGAAUUUAAUGUACAGACUGCAAAACACUAUGGAAACCUUGGAAGACUUUAUCAGUCAAUGAGAAAAUUUAAGGAAGCUGAAGAAAUGCACAUCAAAGCAAUUCAGAUUAAAGAGCAGCUUCUUGGUCAAGAAGAUUAUGAAGUAGCUCUUUCAGUGGGACAUCUGGCUUCUUUAUAUAAUUAUGACAUGAAUCAGUAUGAAAAUGCCGAGAAACUUUAUUUGCGAUCUAUAGCAAUUGGGAAGAAACUGUUUGGUGAAGGCUACAGUGGACUAGAAUAUGAUUAUCGAGGUCUCAUUAAACUUUACAAUUCCAUUGGAAAUUACGAGAAAGUGUUUGAAUAUCACAAUGUUCUGUCUAACUGGAACCGGUUGCGAGAUCGGCAGUAUUCAGUGACCGAUGCUCUUGAAGAUGUCAACACCAGCCCCCAGUCCACUGAGGAAGUGGUUCAGUCCUUCCUGAUUUCUCAGAAUGUUGAGGGACCGAGCUGCUGAGGGAAGACUUCAGUUAACUAAUUACCUUUUCCCAGAUUCCAGGGAAUUCAUACUGUGAAAUCAAAACCAUGUUGUUUUUGGGGGCUGGAAUUUGCAUUGAAACACUGGUCCAGUCCAUUGAAGACCCUAUUUUGGGUGAUCCCUAUCUUGCAGAGUGUCUGUAGGAAUAAGCAUAUAUUCAGUUAUAUUCAGCAUGUACCGCAUGUGUAAGUAGUCUGGCCCACAUUUUCAACCUAGUAGAACAAACAACAGAAAAUCUUUUUUUUCUUUUUUAAAAAAAUUUCAUUUUACAGAAAGCCUGAAAGCAUUAAAAGUACCCCCUAAAUAAAACUAUUUAAGAGUUUAAAAGAGUUGCAUUCUUAUUAUGUAAGGAUGAUUUUAACAACUCUUUAACAUAAUUCUUCCAUGUGGAGGUAUUCAAUACUGCAGUGUAAAGAAAUUUUAUGGGGAAAAUCUUUAUAUGCAUUAUAGAACAGUUAACACAAGUACUAAUACAAGAGGGACAUCCUGACUUAAGUUUGGCUCCCUUACCCAGAAAAGUGGAUACAACCACCCCAGAUCUAUAUUACGAGGGAAGGACUGUCAGAUUCAUCUGAAACUGGACCAGUGUUGAUCAGUAAGUAAUAGAAAAUCUGAUAGACCAGCAGUUUUAACUUUUUUUUGGUACAACAGUGCAAGAUGCUCUGAUAGAGUUUGCUAACAGGACCAGGAGGAUCUAAAAAGGACCAGCCUAAUGUAGAGGUGGUUAUUUGGACCAGAGACUCUAGAUUAUUGUUUUAGAUCCUACAUAUACUAUUAACAGUAAUAGUAUCAUUUAGAUGUAUAAUGGAAAGGGAUAAUGCAAAAAUUAUAUUCAUGUAAUAGAUACCAAAUUAGGGAAAUUUGGCAAUUUUUAUGGCAGAUCUUUAGUCAGGAUACACAGAUGGCAAUGCCAUAAACAAGUCUAUAGAUAUCUACUGCAGCCAUCCCCUUCAUUUAAAAUGUUGCCCUAAUAAUCAGUGCAAUUAACAAGUAUAUUGGCUAAGAGUCAUGAAAUAGUUCAUGUCCAGAUGGGAAAUUUUAGGUUAUUAUAUGGUUUGUGGGGAGUAAUGGAAAUAAAUGCCCAAAAAUAUGUCUUAGAAAAUCCAUUUUUAUGACAAAUAGUAGUACAACUGGAUUAUUACAUUUGAAAUCCAGGAAUCACAUGGAAAGAUUCCCCUAAUGGUAUGUCUAUUUCACUACCUUUUCUUUCUGUUGGGUUUUGACGUCAUUUUUUUUUUUUAUUAAAGCAAGUGGGGUUAUUUAAUGUUGAGGUAAUGUUUAAAUUUGAGAAUUUGUGACAUGUAGCCAUUCAAGAAAAGAUGAUCUUUUGCUGUUACCUCAAUUCUUACUAUAGUGGUUCAUUUGAUGCUUCUAUAGUUAAGAAUCUGGGUUCCCCCCUAUUUUCAGGGGUUCAUGACUUGGCUGUUAAAGAUGUUGCUCCUGCUAAUGCUUGGAGUGGUUUGUGGGUGAGUGGAUGUGUGUUGAAUUUUAGUUUUCUUUUAGCAUGCAUGUUGGGUGGGAAGGAAAAAAAUGAUCUGUUACACUGAGUACAGAAAAAUUAAUUGGAAUGUUCAAAUUUUAUUUUAAAACACUUUUUUGAACUUCCCAACUAUAACCUUAUUUGAAACUAUUUGCAGUCUUGUUAGUUCUGAGCCAGUGCGUUUUAAGUCCCCAUGAAGAGAUUGUCUGGGGGGUGUACCUAGGGAGAUAAAGCAAGCAACUAUGUGAUUUAGAAACCUGGGUUUAUUCCUCAAGUUGAAUUAUUUUCCUUUUAAAUUUUGGAAAAAGUCAAAUGGCAUACCUGUCAUUUAUGAAGCUGGUCCCCCUCCCAGUUAAUUGCAAUCUAAUGCCAAGUGGCACCUCUUUAUUAAUUACCAAAUAGUCCGUGUGAUCAAGGACUAACAUUUUUAGUUACUCAGCUCUAUCCUUAUGGGCCUAUAUAUUUCAUACCUCCCAAAGAUAUUUUCAGGAUAGGCUUUGUAUACUUUUAUUGGUUGUUUAGAAUCAAGUGGUAUGUUUGUGGUAUAGGAAUGUCAUGGUAAAUUGUUCUCAAUAAAUAUUUUGAAACAUGUUUUCAUAUGACGUUUUUUUUUCCCCCAGUCAACCUGUAUUUUUUGGUUUUGUGCACAUACAGCAUUUUCUAGGAUGAUGUCAAGCAAAUGACUUACAGCCUCAUCCUUCCUAGCACAGUUUGAACUCAACUUAGCUCACACUCAGUGAUAAAGCAACAUGAUAUUUAGAAGCCUAGGAUCACAGGGUGAUAAUGUCAAGUGGCAGCCAGUUUUUUGUUUUAAACAUCAUUAUUGGCCAUUUCUCCUUAUCACCACUGCUUUAAUAUAGUUUUCUGUAAAUCCACUUUGAUUUAAUGCGUACACUCUAGCUUCCAAAAACAGAUUGCCAUUUUUCUGUUAGUGAUAUGGCUUAAUAUGCUGUUAUUUCUGGUAUACCCUAAUAGUUUUAAGUGUAAGAUAUAUCCUUUUAGUAGGGAUAUUUAGGGUAAGUUGGAGAUGAAUGCCACCAUCAUUUAUUGGGUUAAAAUUCUACUGGGUUAAAACCUAAAUCAAAGAAAGGAAAGAAUAAAAUUUAUCUCAAAAUAACAGCUUGCACAAGUGUUUUACAUAUGGUGGGGUUGUAAGAAAGCCCUAGUCAACUUAAAGAUUUUUCUGGAGCUUCAGCAAAGUAAUGUUAAAUUAGGGCCCUUUGGUCUUAUCCCUCUAACUUUCUUCUUCUCUUCUACCCAGUCUUUUUCCUAAAGUUGGGUGCAUCAGGGAGCUCUGUUAACACUAGCCUGUGUUGCUCAGGUGGUCAUUCAUUCCUGCGAUCAGUUUAAUAGAACCCACUGGGUUUUUUGGAGCAUAAUCUUUAUGGGUCCUCAAGCUGGCUUUGCCCAAGGAAUUGGGACCCUUAUUACCAUCAAAUCUCUGUCUCUGCUUGGUUAAAAAUGAACUCCUCAUUGCUUUGUAGUAACCUCGGCCCAGGUAUUCUUUCAUUUGUGAAAAUACAGGAUUUGAGAAAGACCUUGUUCCUAGCUUGUUAAGAAGCGCUCAUAAUUUUGUGAAAAUUAAGUACGGGGGCUGUGAUCAUAAAAAUAAUGAGGGUGCCAUUUGGCUGCUCCUUAUAGUAGAAAUAGAAGGCUGAACAGUAACACAUGCCUAAAGGAUGAUUGAAGCUUUUGACAAAAUUUUACAAAUGGAAAGAAUGAUUUGCUAAGUAGCAGGUUUGUUAACUGCCACUUUUUAUGUUUUCCCUAGAAUUGGUAGCUUUGCUGCUUCCAAAUUUCUUUUUUUGGAUGGCAAAGUUACUACUGGAAAAAUACUAAUUUAUAAGUACAAAAUUUUUAAAGAGUUUUAUUUGUGCUUUAAAAAUUAACGCAUAUCUCAUCUCUUGACUUUGGAGGUCCUUCGUUGCCAGAAAAUUCUCUUUUUGUUAAUAUGACAUUUGGAUUAAUUGCCAGCUUGAACACCAAUCUCAGGAAUGUUUUAGGCAGAAAACUGGUUUUACCCUGUUGAUAAGAAGGAGUGUGCUUUAGGAUUUAUUAAAUUAUACUGUUCUUUAAUUGCAAUCCUAGGUAUCUAUAGCAUGAGUGGCCUUAGUGAGUUUGUUGAAGUGCACAUGUUUUUCAGAAGUAAAAUUUAAGAUAAAAAAAUAUAUGCUAUAUAUAGAUAUCUAGAAAACUUGGUUUGUGGUGCACAGUUAAGUGUUGGAUCACUAAAUAACCAUUGCAGGUACUAUUUGUGUAACAUUACUUAUUUCUGUGUAUUCCUUUGAUGGGAAGAUAUGUUGCCAUGGUGACUAAAACUUAUCAAUUUAGUUCUACUUUUAUGAUGUGAAUGAAUGCUACAUUUUGUUAAAUAUUACCAGGUCAGUACUAUUUUUAUACUUUAUUAAGCAACAGGGGAUUUUAGUUUAAAAGGCUCAAAAUAAAAAGCUCUUAAUGGAACAGUUAAAAGCAAAACACUAACAAUCUUCACAUUAAAAUCCCCAUUAAUAGUGCCACAGUAAUUUCUAUAGAAAUAUCUAAAGUCAUUAAAUAGGUUUUUGGAGACAGUUCUUCAUUGUGUCAGAAUGACCUUUCAUAUCAUUCUCACCAACUUGUAGUGCCCACCAUUAUUUGUAACUAUUAAACCAUACUAAGUAUGUUUGUAACCAGCAUUGUGAUAUAUUCUGUACUUGUAUUGCUAAAACUGAAUUAUUGACCUAAUAAAUAUAGUGUUCCUGCA